AUGCCUGGAAGAAACUCUGAUAAUAAAAGGUGUAUGUGGAUGUUGUCAACUUUUGUUAUCACCACAGGUGUAUGUGGAUGCUGUCCCGUAUGUGCCAAACAAGAAGGUGAGGAGUGUGGAGGCGACCUGGCAUACCGCGGUAAAUGUGACCGUGACCUUGACUGCGUGCUGACCUCUAAGACCAUCAUCUCCAGCUCCCUCACACUACACAACGAGCCGGUGGGGACGUGCAAGAAAAUGUCCAAGAAGAGGUCAAGAGGUCACCAAGCGGACGCGGGAUUUGUGGAAUAUUGCCAGCCCAAGUGUAGCCCGGAGUUCUGUGCCCAACACCCCCGGGCCGUGUGCUCAGCCAGUGAUGUUGUAGACACAGUGAUCGAGUGUCACGGCAAGUGUCAACACACUUCCUGUCGCGCAUGCGCGUUCAUAGAGGAACCCGAUUGCCCCAGCUGUCAGAAGGACGACUUCAAAUGUUUAAACAAAUUUGGCAGAUGUAUAAAAAAACAUGUCUGCUCGUCCAGAAAGAAAAACUGUUUGGGGGUGAAAGCUCAGAGCACCACAGCGAGAGGCAAGUUUGUGUGUAAAGUCCCCAACUGUUUGUGACAAGAAACUUCUGGAACAUCAAGCCCACAGCUGUGAUAAAGUCGGUCAGGAGAGGUCAGUGUCCAGGAUUCCUGAUGGCAGACACGUUGAACGAUCCGUUAUUUCGUUCAGAGUUCGAUCUAGUCCGUUACGCUUCAUAUACUUUGUUUUGGUCAACUGGCGUCAUUUUCCAUAUGACAUCAGAUCGAUAUUUUUCUGUUGUUAACACAUGUAUGCAGAUAUUAAUGCGCGAUGUUCACAUAUCACACAACGAUGUUUUUUUUUGU